CCGGGGGCGCAUGACACUAAGCAAGAAAAUGAGGCUUCUGAUGACACAUCUGAUAAAGAUGCAAAUUGCUCUUCGGGCAGGAUGUCCUUUUUUGCCCUCGAUAACGAUAAAGGCACAGAGAAUGCUGAAAUUUCUCCAUUACGUGGCUUAAUGAAUAAACUAUUUUACUCUCGCUUCGGCAAAACCUCUCUUCCAAUACCCAAAAAUUGGCUUGUACUAGGAAUUAUUCUCCGAAAGGAAUAUCAAAUUGCCACAGUAGCAGAUUGCAUUGAAAUAGGCAAAAGGUUAGAGAUGGAUGAAGAAGAAACCACAAUCUGCCUCCUCUACCUUCAUAGUAUAGGAUCGAUCCUGUACUAUACAGAUGUUCCCGAUGAUGAUGAUCCACGCUGGCUCCUCAAAGGUCACGUCAUCUGCUUACCUCAAGUGAUCUUCGAUAGCAUAAGCCAACUGAUAAUCGUUUCAAUGCAGGUUGUUCAUGAUGGAGGCCUCGACACUGAGUUUGUGAGAGCAGAAUUGAUCAGGAAAGGUCAGUUCUCACUAGAGGCCGUCAAGAGACAUUGCAAAUUAGAUGUUGAAGUUUCCAAAAAACUGAAAAACAAUUUACUGAUACCGUCUGGACCGCUUAUGAAACUUCUCAAGUACCUCAACCUUCUCUCUGAGAUCACACACAAAGAUGGUGGUGAACGAAUCACGUACCUCAUGCCGGCUAUCUUGAAGUGUGCUUCACAAGAGGAGCUGACCAACCCACCUCAGCCAGACACCAACAACCCAGAACCACUCCACAUCACAUUCAGCUUUGGUUACGUACCAACAGGAGUCUUCUGUGGGCUCAUCACUCGACUAGUUUCCCAAGGCCCUCAUGGAAUUCUCGGAUUGACGUGGGAAUUGGUGGAAGAUGGCGUCAAACGAAAUUGUGUAUCGUUUUCUGUCGAUGAUGUUCAUACGGUUACACUACUCUCCCACGAAAAGAGCUACGAAAUUCGAAUCUCUCGAGACGACCCUGACACCUCUCUUCAUGACCUCUGUGGAUAUGUGCUGUCAGCAAUCCUCUACACUCUCAAGUGCCUGUUCCAGCAUCUGGUGAUGCAUAUUGCAUUCCAAUGUCCCUGUUCCAAGGAUUGUACUGAGCGCAGCGUCAACCAUCUGUGUGCUCUCUCUAGCAAAUCACGAAUCAGGUUUAUCUGUGAGGCUUCCAAGAAAGCAGUUGGUCUCAAAUCAGAACAGCAAGUCUGGCUUGGAAAGCACGUGUGUCUAGGAAGCAGGACGGAACUAGAGGUGCUAAAGUUUGCUGAGGAUGGUUUCUCCUUCCACUGGAGCAAAGAGGGCUCCAGACGUCAGAUCAAGACAACUGAUGAUCAGCCCAACACUGUGAGCUUCCGGAGUGUGAGAGAGGAGGACUUUGGUCACUACCAGUGUGAGGUGAAGGAUGCAGCUGCUGGGAAAGUGCUCCUCACUCUCUACACAGCUCUCUACAAACACCAGUCAAGAUCGUCACAAGAGGAGCAUCCUAGCAGAAACCAAACAGUAGAAAUUGCACAACAACGGUCGUCGGUUCUGACUGGAGAUGAUAUUCUAACAAUUUGUGAGAAUCUGAGAAGUGCCAGCAAAGAUUGGUUCAACUUGGGACUGGCUCUCGGGGUGAAGUUUUACGAGUUGGAAAAUAUUCGAGAUCGAAGCACAGAUAAUGUGUGCCGCCUAACGAUGAUAGUAGCCAAGCGUCUUGAAGUAACUCAUCCACCGAUGACAUGGCCUUACAUAUGUGAAUGUCUAAGGAAGCCUACUGUUGCACGUAACGAUGUAGCCGAGGAAAUUGAAGACAAGUAUGUGAGGACAGCAAUUGCAGUUGCUCAUAGUGCCACCAAUUGAUCAUGAGAACCUGACAAGAUACUGGAGUUGCUUAAAAGGGACAAAUAAAGAUGUCAAGUAAAGAAUCAUGCAAGAAUGUCAAGUAAAAAACUAACUCUGUGUUGACUAUAAGUACUGACUAUUAUAAUGCUCUGUGCUCUGUGUUUGAUUAUACCACCUUCAAGUUUAUAAUCAUUUCCAGCUUUCUAGUUUAGUGACCCUUUACCAUUCUUGUUGGGUACGGAUCACUUCAGUUGCAGCUUCUUGUUAACCACAUGGAGAGAGCUAGAGCUAGAGUGAGUGUCUGCAGGCAUGAGCUGGAGGAGCACGCAGUCCAGUAUUAGUGGAUAUGGUGGCUAGUCUGCAGAGGGAGCUGGACAAUGCUAGGAGGGACUGAGUGUGGAUCAUCAUUUGAGGGUAGUGAGGACAGCUGCCUGGGAGGUGAGGGGGACAUGGCGUCCUGUGGGAGAGCAGUUGGGUGUCAAUGAGGGGACACUAGAUGCCAUCAAGAGGGACUAUCAGAAUGAGUCUGGUGUGUGUUUCACUAAACUACUGGAGCAAUGGUUGACAGGAUCCACCCCCACCCCCACACUAGGAGCACUCAUCCAUGCACUCAAGUCUCCUGUCAUUAGUCGUGGAGACAUUGCCCAACAGAUGGAGUCUAAACUAACCAAGCUAGCUUCACAGUAACAGCUCCACUGACUCCAUAUCAUGAUAGUGACUCGUACAUCUUUUAUUGAUCAGAAACAGCUAAUUAAUUUUUAUGCUUUGUUUUGCUGGUUCCCACUCCUGCUAAGAUUUUUGCAUAAAAAUAAUAAUGCAGUCCAUCAGCGUUAUAA